GAUAAGUGCGCCGCUAUUAAUCUCCAUAUUUCGUGUCUUCAAAAUUAUUGACAAGUGAUGGCCACAAGUACUAUCAGCCCGUCGCUGAAAAUCGGCCUUCGCUUGCUUGGCGUAUGGCCGGAUGUUUCGUAUUCCACCGUUUACUGGGUGAUUUAUAUGUCGAGUUUACUAAUUAUACAAUAUUUUCAAUAUUUGUAUGUGUUCACGCAUUUCAAACUCAGCGAGCUUUCGAAUCUUGUGGAUAGUUUGCCCAUGACAUUAGAUUACAGUUUGUCGAUUUUUAAAUUGACCAGUCUUUGGUUACAACGUCGAAUCAUGCAACAGAUCUUGAUUGCUAUGGAUAAGGAUUGGCGCGAGUGCAUGGAUGUCAAUCAGUAUUUGUAUGUAAUGACGAUUAAAGCUAAUGUGUCGCAUUUUUUCUCUAAUACCAUAUUGAGCUUUUACGGAAUUUCUGGCGUAUUUUACGUUUUGGGCGAUUACGCAAUUCAUAUUAUGCAUCUUGUCAGCGAUAACAAUGAUACUUUACGGCAGCUUCCUAUGAAGGUACAACUUCCAUUUGAAACUGAACAAUCGCCGAUCUUUGAAGUGCUCGUCGUAACGCUAUUUCUACACGUGAUGGCAAAUUCGUUCACGAUCGCUCUACUAAAUGGAUUGAUUUUUUCUUUGGUGCUUCACGUGAGCGGACAAAUCGAUAUUAUAUGUGAAGAGUUCAGAAUUAUAUCUGAGAAAAUUUUACUUUACGAAUCUUCCGCGUCUACAUUGAGAACGUUGAUCGAGAGGCAUAAUAAAGUUAUUUUAUUUUCCGAUAACAUCGAGAAACUUUUCUCUUUCAUAGCGUUGAUGCAAGUUGUUUGGAAUACGUUAGUUAUGUGCUGCUUAGGAUUCAUUAUCAUAAUAUCUAUUCAUAAUGAAGGUAGUCUCUUCGUGUUAAUAAAAACUAUUUUGGCUUACAUCGCUAUGAUGAUAGAAGCCUUUAUCUUUUGCUUUGCCGGAGAAUAUCUUAGUCUAAAGAGUAAUGCAAUCGCUGAAGCAGCAUACGAUGUGUUGUGGUACAAUUUGCCGUCAAAUCAGAGUAAAAUUAUAAUAUUCGUAAUAAUGAGAUCUUAUAGACGACUGACGAUCACUGCAGGGAAAAUCAUGGAUUUAUCUUUAGAAACUUUUGCGAGCAGUUCUACACGAAAUUCUGGCAGCUAUAAAUAAUGAUUGGCACGAAUGUAUCAAUGUCAAUUGGCAUUCAUAUAUGAUGACAAAUAAAGUCAACAUAUCGCAUUUUUAUUCUAAUUGUAUAUUGAACAUUAAUAUGUUUACUUCGGUAUUUUAUCUCGUGGGUGAUAUUGCAAUUCGUGUUGUCGGCAGUCUUUCGGGUAUCGCCAAUCUUUGAGGUACUCAUUAUAAUCCAAU